AUGUCUGGCGAAGACACUCAGAACAGGUUGGAAGCAAUCAAGCAGUAUCUUGAGUCAUCGUCAGCUUCUCGGUCUUCAAGAAUUAUUACUAAUAAUCCGCUCUUUCAACGUCUUGCUCCGCAAGAAAAUCCUGUUAAAGUGCCAUUACCGUCUGACAACGAAUCUGAUUCUGACGAUUCAGUUCGAUCCUAUAGAACAAUGGCUCAGCAAAGGACAUUGAAAGAGUUGGCAGCGCCAAAUCUUGACCAACAACCACUAUGCAUCCAAUAUCCACCGUUGGAUGUAAACUUUGAACUGAAGUCGGGCCUCAUCCACUUAUUGCCUUCUUUCCAUGGGCUGCCUGGUGAGGAUCCGAAUAAACAUUUGAAGGAGUUUCAUAUUGUCUGUUCUAGUAUGAAACCCGCUGCAGUGACUGAGGAACAGAUUAAGCUGCGAGCUUUUCCUUUCUCUCUAAAGGAUGCAGCUAAAGAGUGGUUGUACUAUCUUCCACCUGGUACUGUUGAAACUUGGAAUGUUGGCAUUCGUCAAGAUCCUGUUCCACCGCCCAAAUCAGCUAAUGAAGUGAGCACCUCUAAUGCUAAUCAGCUGGGUCAACAAUUGGCUCAAUUAACUGCAGUGGUACAACAACUAGCUUUGGGCCAACAGAUGUAUUAUGAACCAUUUUCACAAACUUAUAAUCCUGGCUGGCGUGAUCAUCCAAACCUUCGAUAUGGGAAUCAUGAACAAAUAGCUCAACAACCAACAGCAGCAAGACCACCUGGUUUCACUACACAACAGAGGUCUCAAAAUAAUUAUGUACCUAGACCAUCACAACCACCGCAGGCUGCUCCACAACCAAGUGCCAAAACUUCUACUGAGGAUUUAAUCAAUGCACUUGCUACAAAUACUCUUCAAUUUCAACAAACCACCCAAGCAUCCAUCAAAAGUUUGGAGAAUCAGGUGGGACAAUUAGCAGCAUCAUAUAACUGGUUGGAGGCUCAUCUGUCAAAUAAAUUGCCUUCACAACCUGAGAUGAAUCCCAAGGAGAAUGCUAGUGCAGUAACUUUGCGCAGUGGGACGCAAUAUGAUCCACCUAAUCCUCCAAUGCCCAGUAAAUUGUCAUCCAAGCCACAAGUUGAUUGCUCAGUUAAUGAAGAUGUUCCUCCAAAGCCAACCACCCUUACACAACUCAGCCCUAAGCCUACUAUUGUCAUUCCACCUCCAUUCCCAAGCAGACUGAAAAAGACUAAAAAGGAAGAGGUUGACAAGGAGAUUCUUGAUACAUUCCGAAAGGUAGAAGUGAAUAUUCCUCUUCUUGACGCUAUUAAACAAGUGCCGCGCUAUGCCAAGUUUCUGAAAGAGUUGUGCACUAAUAAGCGUAAGUUGAGGGGUAAUGAAAAAGUUAGUGUGGGGGAGAAUGUUUCCGCAGUUCUACAAAAGAAGCUUCCACCAAAGUGUAAGGAUCCUGGUACUUUUACUAUCCCUUGCACUAUUGGGAAUAAGAGAAUUGAGCGGUGGGUGAUUAUUCAACUUGCUGAUAGGUCGAAUGCUUAUCCCAGGGGUGUAAUAGAAGAUGUUUUAGUUCAAGUAAAUGAAUUGGUGUUUCCGGCUGAUUUUUAUGUUCUCGAUAUGGAAGAUGAAUCUAUUCCAUGCUCUACUCCAAUUUUGUUGGGGAGACCAUUCAUGAAGACUGCAAGAACUAAGAUUGAUGUGCAUGACGAUUUGCAUAGUGAAGAUGAUUUGGAGGUUGCAUUGAGAGAGCAUCUUGUGUUGACCGAUGAAGAUUUGUCUCAUGAGAUCAUGGAUGUCAUAACCACACUCAAUAGUGGUUUUGACAAGACUUUUAAGAAGGUUGCAUUUCUUAAUUUGCCGAUUUCUAAUGAGAAAUUGCAGCCAUCAAUUAUUCAAGCUCCUACACUUGAAUUGAAGCCUCUUCCGGAGCAUCUCAAAUAUGUUUACUUGGGGAAGAACGAGACACUUCCUAUUAUAAUUGCAAGAAAUCUUAACCAAGGUCAAUAA